AAGUCCCUCCAAAAGAAGCAAUCCCAAACUGAGCUAUCUAUGACAUUGAUUGACGAGAGAAUAAGAGCACCAUGAUUUUGUUUUCUUUCUUUUAAGGUUUCCCAACCUAGUACCUCAUCAAACAGAACUGAAUAAGUACACGUUUCUGGUUCUUAUCAUCUUUGGAGCUUGUUUGAAGUGCUGCUAUUGAUAAACUAAAUUACAAGUCCUGAAGAUUUGCACCAAGACCUUAAUUAAUCCUCCCAGCAACAGCAUGUCAAGGAAGAAAUUGAUUAUUCCUUCCAUUCUUCUUUCAAAUGUUCUAAUCUUCAUCUUGCUAGGUUUUUCUGCUGCAACUGAAGAUGAACAGAAGGAAUUCUUUAUUGUUUAUCUUGGAGAUCAACCGGUGAUCAAUAAUGUCUCUGCGGUGCAAACACAUAUUGAUGUUCUGUCGUCCAUCAAGAGAAGUGAUCUAGAAGCUAAGGAGUCCAUCAUAUAUAGCUACACAAAGAUCUUCAAUGCAUUUGCUGCAAAGCUAUCUAAAGCGGAAGCCAGAAAGCUGUCACUCCUGGACGAAGUUCUUUCCGUGUUUCCAAAUCGGUAUCACAAACUCCACACAACCAAAUCAUGGGAUUUUAUUGGGCUUCCUAGCACUGCAAAAAGAAACCUGAAAAUGGAGAGGAACAUAGUUGUGGGUCUACUGGAUACAGGGAUCACUCCGCAGUCUGAGAGCUUUAAGGAUGAUGGUUUUGGCCCUCCACCUAGAAAAUGGAGAGGCACUUGCAGUCACUAUGCUAAUUUCUCAGGAUGCAACAACAAGCUUGUAGGGGCUAGAUACUUCAAGCUCGACGGCAAUCCGGAUCCCAGUGACAUCUUAUCUCCAGUAGAUGUGGAUGGCCACGGGACACACACAUCAUCCACACUAGCAGGAAACCUAGUUCCAGAUGCCAGCCUAUUUGGGCUAGCAAGAGGGGUUGCUCGUGGUGCAGUGCCAGACGCUAGGGUAGCCAUGUAUAAAGUGUGUUGGGUCAGCUCUGGUUGCUCAGAUAUGGACCUACUUGCUGCAUUUGAAGCUGCUAUACAUGAUGGUGUUGAUGUUCUAUCAAUAUCCAUUGGUGGAGUGAGCGCUGAUUAUGUAUCAAAUGCAAUAGCCAUAGGUGCAUUCCAUGCCAUGAAGAACGGAAUUAUCACAGUGGCCUCAGGUGGAAAUGAUGGACCAUCUUCAAGUUCCGUGGCGAACCAUGCGCCAUGGCUCUUGACCGUUGCAGCUAGUGGCAUUGACAGGGAGUUCAGGAGCAAAGUUGAGUUAGGCAAUGGGAAGAUUGUCUCGGGUAUUGGAGUGAACACAUUUGAACCAAAACAAAAAUUAUAUCCAAUUGUCAGUGGGGCAGAUGCUGGUUACUCUAGAAGCGAUGAGGGUGCAAGGUUCUGUGCCGAUGGCUCGUUGGACCCUAAGAAGGUGAAAGGGAAGCUUGUCUUGUGUGAGUUAGAAGUAUGGGGUGCUGACUCUGUUGUUAAAGGAAUUGGAGGAAAAGGCACUAUUCUUGAGAGUGAGCAAUAUCUUGAUGCAGCCCAGAUUUUUAUGGCACCAGCAACCGUAGUCAAUGCCACCGUCAGCGACAAAGUCAAUAAUUAUAUACAUUCCACCAAAUCUCCAUCAGCAGUGAUAUACAGAACCCAAGAAGUGAAAGUCCCUGCUCCUUUUAUCGCUUCCUUUUCGUCUCGGGGUCCAAAUCCAGGAUCAGAACGCAUUCUCAAGCCCGACGUCGCAGCACCAGGAAUUGACAUUUUGGCAUCAUACACUCCCUUGAGGUCGCUCACCGGGCUGAAAGGUGAUACACAGCACUCAAGAUUUUCUCUUAUGUCAGGGACUUCCAUGGCUUGCCCUCAUGUUGCUGGGGUAGCCGCCUAUAUAAAGUCAUUCCAUCCAAAUUGGACCGCAGCAGCAAUCAAAUCCGCCAUCCUGACAACAGCAAAACCUAUGAGCUCAAGAGUGAACAACGAUGCAGAAUUUGCCUACGGUGCUGGUCAAGUAAAUCCUGAUAAAGCUAGAAACCCUGGCUUGGUCUAUGACAUGGAUGAGAUGUCUUACAUUCAGUUCCUAUGUCACGAAGGCUAUAACAGAUCCUCCUUAGCUGUUUUAGUUGGUUCAAAAUCCGUAAAUUGCUCCUCAUUGCUUCCUGGAAUUGGCUAUGAUGCUCUCAACUAUCCGACUAUGCAACUUAGUGUAAAAAAUAAGCAUGAACCGACCGUCGGUGUUUUUAUAAGGACAGUUACCAAUGUAGGUCCUUCUCCUUCCAUCUACAAUGCAACCAUCCAGGCUCCUAAAGGAGUAGAUAUCGUGGUAAAACCUAUGAGCCUCUCCUUCUCUCGUUCCUCGCAGAAGCGAAGUUUUAAGGUUGUGGUCAAGGCAAAACCGAUGCCAAGUUCUCAAAUGUUGUCAGGUUCACUCGUAUGGAAAAGCAAUCAGCACAUUGUGAAGAGCCCCAUCGUUAUUUUUAAACCACUGGACUAAUACUCAAAUACAAAUCUGAUAAUGGGAAAGAAGUACUCUGUAUUAUAUACAACCAUACGAGUUUGUGUGUGUGUACUGGACUUGGUAAAUUAUGUCAUGCUGAUAUAGUUUGUUGAUGAUUGCCUUGGUAAAUUUUGGUGUACAUCCGAUUCUAGAUGAAUUUGCCAAUUCUUGGCAUGCCAAACAAUGAUAAGCUGAAAGUGAUUAAGAAAUUGCAUUUA